AUGUCGAAAUCGAAAACGAAGCUGGAAACUCAGGCCGACAGUCCUGGCACAAAUCGCAAAAAGUAACUAAAAGUUAAGGAUUAUGAUAAGUUCAGUUCAAGGAAAGAUUUGUCGAGAAAUAAUCCGAAAGAAAAAAAGAAAGGUUCGGCAGAAAGCGAAGCGUCCGGAAAAAUAAGAGGUACUUUAUUACUGAUUGUUGUACAAUCCACUUCUUUGUUGGAGCAAUCUGUCAGAAAAUGAAGCUAUUGUUCAGCUAUUUUCGUCGAUGAAGACUAGUUUUUUUCAAUUAGAAAAUAUCAGCUUUCAGCGAGCAAGUCAAAAUCGGCGCUCAAAAAAUUAUCCAGCAAGGUUUGCGAUUUUAUUUGUCUCUGAAUAUUCUUUUCUGGGGUUCAGGAGAACGUGAGGAAAGAUUCGAAAGAACAAUCAAAUGAAGAAAAGAAAAAACCAGAGGAGAUGAGCCUUUUCGAGGUUCUAUUGAAGAGAUUCGGGAAGAAUUAUCAUUUUCUUGGCUAGCCGGUGAUGGGAGGCGCUCGUCCGGCGCAGGCUCAUCUUCACGGGGUGAAGAGCAACCUGAGAUGGAAGGAUGGCGUCACAACAGGUCUCUAAGCGUUUUCCUGCGACAAUAAUCCUCUUCUUCCAGUUGACGACGCUGAAGCGAUGCGUGAAGUCUUAGAGAGAGCAAGGAAAAAAGUCGACUUUUUCUUCUAUUCAAUUUCUUAUUUUUUCAUUCAGGUCUCAAGAGGGAGAAUGAAAAAGUUGAAAAAAGCCAAAAGUGCCAGUAAAUUAUCGAUCGAAAGCGAAAUGGACGAUGUGGUCGGUUUUAUUCGUCAGAAUUUUCAACCAGAGAAACUUCUAACUCUCACCAAACACAGUGGCAAAAAAUAAUCAAGAUGGAAUAGAGUUUCGAAGAAUUACAGACGAAAGUAUUGCGUUGAAAAGUAUCUUUUUACCAGUAAGGGGAGAAACAUUUUAUUUUUGCUUUUUUUAAUCUGUCUGUCUGUGUGAAUGUACCUUUUCUCUGAUUCUUUUAUUCGGACAAAAGUUUUCUGACCUCAAGGAGAGUCGAAAAACCAUGGAAAAUAUUUUUUUAUCUAGAUUUUGAAUGAGAAUCUCAAACAGCGCCCUGUAUACCGUCAUAUACUCGUCCUUUAUAUUUUCCCAAAAGAAACUCUUUGUGAGUCUGUGAUAAAUUAUUUCGAAAGCAUUAUUUACAAGGACGAAGUCGUAGAUUUUAUUUGAUCGACGAAUCCGAGAUUUUAGACGGAGGAAGACGUGAUCACGGCGGCAAAGAUGUUGAACAAGGUGAAGCUGGCGAAGAUCAUCGAGACGGAAUGUUCGCCGGCCGAACAGACGCUGCUCGGCGAGUUCUGCGAAGACAAGACGGCCAAGAAGAGUUCGGAGACGGAAAAAAUCGUGGAGAAAGUGGCGGCGGCGGCCGUGAAGGCCGUCGUCGAGAAGUCGGAGAUGUGCCGAGGCUCGGCGUCUGGAGAACUGCGCAUGUUCGCCGUCGAGGAGGGCAUCGUGAGUUCUUUCAGCCCGGCAGGCUGCUAAUUUCGGUCUAACAAAAGUUUUACAAAAUGAUCUUGAACUAGUCAACUUUGAGAGAGAAGGCUUCGAGCCGAAUAGUUUGCUUUGAUACGAUUUGGAACAGUCUGACCUUUCUGCGCUCAAGUUUCAGCUUCCAGGAGAUAAAGUUGAAAAGAUAUAAAUAAUUUUCCACUUCCGGGCGGUAGCUCUGACUUCAAUUUAAGAAGACACGGGAGGAUUGCGGCCUUUAAAAAAGUCUGCCCAUGUAUGUCCAAGACUGAAAUUUUAUCUUCAAAAUCGGAUUUUUCGGCUAGAUUUUCUGAAAUAUUUUCAUCACUCGGUUCUCACAGAAACCGAUUCAAUAGUGCAACAAAUAAGAAUGUUCAUUUCUCUAGGCGAAGACCGUUUCGGUAGCAUUGAUGAUGGUCCGAAAAGACUUGCUCUGGGUCUCUUGGCAUGACUCGACUCAAGAGGUUCCGUCUCAAGAUGUCCUUUCCGAAGAUUUGCUCAGGACUCGGCAUGGAAUCCGAUGACGGUCAAGAGAGUCGUCAAGACGCCGACUCAGAGAAGCGAAUGA